GUGUACUUUUCUUGUUAGGGACAUUAAGAUUAUUUAAGAUUUCUUGUAUUAAGUGUUUAGACAGAGAUUCCUAGUUGUAUUUUCAUAUGAAUAACAAAAUUAAUUGGUGCUUUGUAAAUAAUUAUGGAGCUUGUUACAAACAAUCAUAUACUCAAGAAAGAAAUCUGAUUGACAGCAAUGAUCGUAAGCUACUUGAAAAACGAACAAAUCUGAAACAAGAACAAAUUGCUAAUAUAUGCACACACCAUCAUGAUAUGUUAGUUGUAAGAUAUGAGGGUAAUCAGAAAAGUUGCUGUAAUCCAUUUCUGAGUCACCAAAAGCAUCUCUACGUGUGAUUACAAUGCAUACUGUGUUAGAAGCAGAAACCAUAGGUUUAAAUCUUAUACCUGGAAAAAAACUGUGUCUAACCUGUCAAAGUAAAGUUAUGACAUGUUUAUCAAAAAGUAUAAGUGAAAAUAAAAAUGAUGAAGAUUUUGAUAUUGUUAAUGAAAGAUCCAUUAAAAAUAAAAAAGAAAGUGUAGAAAAAAAAGGUGGCCAUUUUCCUUAAUAUAUCAGAAGAAAGUUUUGAAGAACAGUCAAGUUUUAAUAAUGAGUAUAUGAAAAAAGCAAACUUGUUUGAUAACAUGAUGGUAUUGUUAACUAACAAAAUUGCAGAGUCUACAUCAACAUUUAAAAUAGUACAACUUGCGACACUUGCUCCAACAGACUGGUCAAUAAAAAAGGUAUCUGAAACAUUGCAUGUAACAAACUAUGUAGCUCAAACUGCACGUAAGUUAACAUUAAAAAAAGGUAUUUUAACCAUGCCUAAUCCUAAAUUAGGAAAAGCUCUUCCUGAUGUAACAGUUCAACUGGUCAAGACCUUUUACGAAGACGAUGAACAUAGACGUAUAAUGCCUGGUAAAAAGGACUAUGUAAGCAUAAAGAAAAAUGUCCGCAUGCAAAAACGUUUGCUCUUAUGUAAUUUAAAGGAAUUGUUUGUUGCCUUUAAAACCAAGAACCCAGAAAUAAAAAUAGGAUUUUCAAGGUUUUGCACCUUGCGACCUAAGUGGUGUAUUACUUUUGGUGCUUCAGGAACACAUUCUGUGUGCGUCUGUGCUAUUCACCAGAAUUUGAAACUGCUUUUGCAUCCUCUUGGUGUGACAUACAAAAAAUUGUUACCUUAUAUUGUCUGUGAUAUAACUAAUAAAGACUGUAUGAUGAGGAAAUAUGAAAAAUGCCCAGCAACUAUGAAUGCAUUAGUUGAAAAACCUUAUGAUAUACUUAGAGAAAACUAUAAAUUUGUAGUUCAGAUUGAAGUGCAAAGCUUUCAUUGGACAAAUUUACAAUGUUCACUUCAUCCAGUGAUUAUUUCAAAAAAGAAGGCAUUCUCAAGCACAAAUCCUAUUGUAUUAUUUCGGAUGAUAUGAUCCCUGAUGUGAACAUGGUUUAUAAAAUUAUUGAGGUUGUUUGCAAUGAUAUAAAACAAAUUUGCCUCAAAUAAAAAAUAUUGAAUACUUUUCAGAUGGGUGUGCAGAUCAAUAUAAGAUUUGCAAAAUAUGUUAAAUCUUUGUUUCCAUUGUGACAAUUUUGGUUUUACUGCUAAAUGGAACUUUUUUGCAACUUGUCACGGUAAGCAACCUUGUGAUGGGAUAGGUGGUGCAGUCAAACGUCUGGCAACACUAGGAAGUUUGCAAAGAGAUAUGGGUAAUCAUGUUUUAUCUCCACAAACAAUGUAGUUAGCAUCAGUUUGUACCACUUGGCCAUCAA